AUAAAUAGGAGUAAAUCUCUCUGCAGUGAUCACAACCGUCCUCAACAAUCCUUCAGUACUCUUCUGUUGCCGGAUAGGAAAGCUUCAUUGGAAAUGAAAUUCAUCCUGCUUGCUGCCUGCAUCCUUGGGGUGGCUGUCUGUGCCCCAACGGAGAUAUUCAUGGAGUUUGACAUCCAUCACGCUCCGGCUGAGGCAGCCCAGGCUAUUCCUGCUGGAGUGCCACUUAAAAGUCUAGAUGUUCUGCUCCCGGUUGAUGCCCAGAGGCAGCCUGUUGGGGGACCUGUCCGUGGCUUCAUCAAGCAGGAGAUCCUCGAGCCAAACGGUAGAGACACCAAGGAUGUGUUCAUCCCUUUUGGUUUUGAUACUGCUGUAGCACCCCCUGUUGCUGCUGCCGACCCUGUUGCUCCUGCAGCCCCAGUAGAUCCUGCAGCUCCUGUUGCUCCUGCUGCUCCUGUAGCUCCGGUUGCUCCUAUUGCUCCUGUUGCUCCUGCAGCUCCCGUUGCUCCUGCUGCUCCUGCUGCUCCUGCUGCUCCAGCUGCCCCUAUUGUACCCAUCCUUGCUGCUAGUGUCCCUGCUGCCAAACCCAGCGGAGAUGAUGAUGAUGAUGACGAUGACUAAACAAACAAAGAUCCGAGUCAGCAGGAUAGGAAUAGGUGACCACUGCAAUAAGACCAGCAGCCUACCCCGCUGAAAGACGACCAUCCAACACUGCUGUUUCCCAAAGUAUGAAAAUAUAGUGCAAUGCUUUUGAAAAAUAAAUGGUGGUAUGUUUUCUUAUGAAAUAAAUGGUUCUCUGCAGUUGGUGCAAUGCUUUUCUGUGGGGAAAAAAGUGGCAAAAGAGUUAUAACAAUAAAAAUUGGUACUGCUCUGCAAUGAAA